UAAUAACGAAAUACUACGACUUACGAGUUGAGUGGCUCCGCGACUUUCGAUCCGAACUGAAUAUAUUUUUUUAUAAUCAUCGUAGUUAAUUAAUUGAUACCAAUCAAUUUAACAAAGCAGUUCCCUGUAUACAGUAUAUUAUUAUACUCUUAGAAGCAGAGAAAUUCUUCUUGACCAGAAUGGUGUAUGAAUAGCCAUACAAAGAACAUACCUACACAUGAUGGGAAACGAUACUUCUCAGCUAAAUAGUUUAGAAAUAGAAGAAAAAGCAACCGAGAUAACCGAUUUUUGGGCUCAUCAUCAAGCUACUAUAAGUGAUAGUUGUCGGUAUUUUAGUUUGAAAAGUGAUGGUUCAGUAUCUGUAUUUAAAGGAGAGACAAUUUUGGGCCCAUUGUGGACAGCCUCAACACCACUGGAAAAGUUUUCCAAUAAUCUUUUAAAAUAUCGCCAUCCAUGUAUAGUGAGGUAUAUAUCUGCUUGGCAGCAAAGAUCUACUUUUCAUUUAGCAACUGAGUAUGUACAACCGCUAGCACACGUUUUAAGUUCCCAAACACCUCUUCAAAUCUGUAUUGGACUUAAUAACAUUUUACAAGCUCUGGUAUUCUUGCAUGAACAGGCAAGUAUGUCUCACAAUAAUAUCAGUUUAUCAUCUAUAUAUGUUUCUGGUGACGGACAGUGGAAACUGGCUGGCUUACAAUAUUUAUGUCCAUUUAGUGAAUUAAAUGCGGCCUAUCUAAAACAUUCAAGGAUACACAGAUAUGAUAAAGCAGUCGAUCCAAAUGAAGAUUCAUAUGAGAUUACUUCUAAAGUUGAUCAGUAUGCUUUUGCUGUUUUAGUUGAAGAUGUUUUUAAAGGUCACAAUGAUGAUGAAGUACCCCAUUUAAAAGAAUUCAAAAAGUAUUGCAGAAACUAUCUCCAGAACCCAAAUCCUGAAAGAAGGCCCAAUUUAUCAGAAGUACUUAGAGACAACUUUUUCAAUCACGAAUUUAUAUCUAUAUACAAGUUUCUAAAUUUUUUACCAUUGAAAACUGAAGAAGAAAAAAGUGAAUUCUUCUCCAGCAUCUUAAGUAAUCUUAAGGGCUAUGAUGAAGUAACCGUUGCUAAACAACUGGGGGGAUUAUUACUGUCAAGACUUACUCUUCUAGACCAGACAGCUCGAAGAGAUGUGCUGCCAUUUCUAUUGAAGCCAAAAAAUGACAGAUUCAUUAAUGGGGAAUGUAUGGGAUUUUUUACACUCAGUGUAUUUAAAGAACAUGUUAAACCUAGACUUCUUCAACUGUUUGGAGUCAGAGAUGGCCAGAUACGAAUGUUAUUACUAUCACACUUUACAAAGUUUGUCCAUGUGUUUACCCAUGAAGAACUUUCCCAACAUAUUCUGCCAGAGCUACUUGUGGGCAUAAAAGACACUGAUGACAGUUUAGUGGCUUCAACUUUAAUAUGUCUCAGUGAACUGGUCCCUAUACUGGGCGCAGACACAGUCGUGGGUGGUAAGAGAUCAAAACUGUUCACAGAUGGCAGACCUAAAUCAACUACAACAAAAUCUGACAGUGAACUAUUUAAAGUAAACAAAGGACUAACAGAUUUCCACUGUUCAGAAAGAAUAUAUCCAGUUAACACAGGCACAUCCACCUAUGACCAGAAUAUGUCAUUGAAUGAAAGACCCUCUCCAGUGGGUGGUGAAUCUAAUGAUGACAUAGAUACUGUCCUUGAAUUGAACAGAAACGCUAAUAUAGUCUCUGAAGAUGAAUGGGAUGACUGGGAAAAUACAAAUCAGCAAUUAGUAUCUGUAAGUCUGGAACAAUCUAGUGAUAUGCUCAUAGAAAACAAGAUAUCAAUAGAGACAAACUUGGGGAAAGAAUUAAUAAAUAAUGACACAGUGAAAACAGAAAAUGGUAAAGCCACAACACAUUCGACAUUACUUCAUAAAGCUGCUGUUGAAGCCAAAAAGAAUAUGGUUGACAUAUCAGAAUUGGAUAUAAAAAAUCAAAAGGUCGAUGUGACAAAGAAGAAUGAUGAAAUUGACUUUUUUGCAGAUAUGAUGCCAGUUAUUGAAAAACAAAAAGUGGUUACAGUUAAUGAUAACACUCCAGAUUUUAUACAUAAAUUAAACUUUAUACCUGAUGAAGGUGAUGACGAAAAUGAAGCCUGGGGAGAAAAUUGGAAUGAAUAAGACUAUUUUUACUUGCUUGAAUGUAAUUAAUAUAUCUACAUCAUGUUUAAUAGAACUCUAUAAUCUUUUUCAGUGUACAAUACUACCACUUUUAUAAGUCGCAUCGCCGAAAUUCGUUUACCUAGAAAAACGCAACCUAACGCAGUCCAAUGUAUACCAAUUGACGUUAAAAUUUUAAACAUAACAACAAUUAUCACUAGUGCUAUCUCGCUCAUAAUUCGCGCGUGCGAACAGCGCGUAGGCAAUAACCAAUAGCGGACGGGUGCGCUAUAAUUGGCUGAGAUAUUUUCGCACAAUUCAAAAAUAAGGUUUCAGCAUCACAUAGAAAAGUGGUAGUGCUGUAAACUGUUGUAUAAAUUGUGAAUAUUUAAAUUUUAUUAUUAUCUGUAUAUUAUGCACCGAAUUGAAAUAUUCAGUAAGAAAUAAGUUUUUUAAACAGUUUUUUGUAACACAUUUAACAAACAGAGAAUUAGCAAUUAAAGCAGAUGAAAAAAUGUUUUAGCACCUUAGGUGCAAUUUUUAAUAAAACUAAUAUCUAUCUAGGUUUCCUUAGAAACCUGUUUAGCAAAAGUACUGUACAUGAAACCUUUACAAGAAUCAUUGUUUUACUUAUAUAAAUUUCCAUUUAUAAAACAUCAAUAAUAUUUAAUUUAAACCAUACCUAACAUUAUGGCUUAGCCCAAUAAAGACAUUAUAUGCCUUAAA